UGCGCGUUUAUUCAGUCAAAGGUUGGAAGUAACAAACGAUAUUCUUUUCGAUCUCGCGAAAAGUUACUUCUUUUUGUCGAUUAAAAAAAAAAGGAAAUAAGGAAUAGGAUUGAAUUUAAGGAAAAAAGAAAGGAAAAAGAAAAAAAGAAAAGAGAGAGAGAGAGAGAGAGAUAAACAAAAUCUCAAUAUGGUGGCCAAUUUUAAAGUGUUCAAGAAGAGUUCGCCGAACGGAAAGAUCUCUUUGUACGUUGGCAAACGAGAUUUUAUCGAUUAUUUAUCGGGAAUAGAACCGAUCGAUGGUGUUAUAUUAUUGGAUCAGAAUUAUAUCGAAACAGGUCGAAAGAUAUGGGGCCAAUUGAUAUGCAGUUUUCGUUAUGGCAGAGAGGAGGACGAGGUUAUGGGAUUGAACUUUCAAAAGGAUCUUUAUCUUAUAUCCGAACAAUUAUAUCCACGUAGUUACAACAAGACGGAUGUUAAUAAUACAAGAUUACAAGAGAGAUUGUUGCAAAAAUUGGGCCCUAACGCUAUACCGUUCACCUUUAAUUUUCCACAGAGCGCGCCUUCGAGCGUGACCCUUCAACCGGGUCAAGACGAGACGGGAGAGCCGUGCGGUGUUAGUUACUUCGUUAAAAUUUAUUCCGGCGAAACGGAGACGGACAUAACGCAUAAGAGAAAUACGGUAUCCCUUGGUAUAAGAAAAAUACAAUAUGCGCCAACUAAACAGGGCCGACAACCGUGUACGAUCGUAAGGAAGGAUUUUCUAUUGAGUCCCGGCGAACUCGAGCUUGAGGUAACCCUUGACAAACAAUUGUAUCAUCAUGGCGAAUCGAUAGCCGUUAACGUUAGCGUUAGAAAUAAUAGCAACAAGAUCGUUAAGAAGAUAAAAGCUUUGGUUCAACAAGGCAUUGACGUUGUCAUCUUUCAAAAUGGCCAAUUUCGUACUGUCAUCGAUGCGAUCGAGACCCAAGAUGGUUGUCCCAUAACACCAGGCUCAAAUCUACAAAAGAUAAUAUAUUUAAAGCCUAACUUGGAAAAUAAUAGGAAUAGACGUGGUAUCGCAUUAGAUGGUAGAUUGAAACGCGAGGAAGCCGAAUUAGCGUCGAGCACAUUGUUGACCUCGCCCGACGUACGCGACUCCUUUGGCAUCGUUGUCUCUUAUGCCGUCAAGGUCAAAUUAUAUCUCGGCGCAUUGGGUGGCGAACUGUCAGCCGAGUUACCUUUCAUAUUCAUGCGACCUAAACCAACCGAAAGGCUCAAAUUGGCUAACAACGAAACCUGCGUACACAUCGAAAAUCUACCGGAGGAAAAGAUCAAUGAAAAUUAGAUUAGUUUUGUAUAUAUAAAUAUACAUACAUAUAUAUUAUAUAUUUAUAUAUAUAUAUAUAUAUAUAUAUAUAUAUAUAUAUACACAUACACAUAUCUAUUUUAUUUGACUUUACGUCUUUGCUUCCGUUCGUUUAUCUAUCGUUCUUUUUAAAAAUCUACGAAAGGUAAUCUCUAUUAUACUUUUUAUCAUCGUGACACUUGGAAGCGAGGAAAAAAAGAAAAAAAAGAAGAAAAAAGAAGUAAAAAAAAAAAAAUUAAGAAGGUUUCACGAUGUAUAUUUUUUAUUUUUCUCUCUUCUUUUUUUCUUUUUUUCUCUUCAAUUCGAGCGAAAAGUCGAAGGAAUGUGAAGAUAAAAAGAAAGAAGAAGAAGAAGAAGAAAGAAAAAAGAAGGAAAAAAAUGGGAGAAAAAAGACGAAAGAAGAAAAAAUUUAAUAGAACGAUAUGGUUUAUCGAAACCGGAAGCACAAAGCGUCGUUUUUCAAACAUUUAGAAUAUCUUGGAAUAUAAUCUUAGCUUUUCUUUCUACCGACCAAUACGUAUCGCUAUAUUAACGCUAACGUUUGUUAGUAAAAAUCUUUAUUAUAAUAAAUAAUUAUUAUCUCGUUAAAGAUUAACUCUAAUUCGAUGAAAUAAAUAUGAUAAUCCUAUAUAUACAUACAUAUGCAAACUAAUAUUUAAGUUUAUUGUAUAUUAUUGAAAAGAGAACACGAAGAAUAGAAAAAAAAAAGAAAAGAAAAGAAAAGGAAAGAAAAGAAAAGAAAAGGAAAACAAAAAUACAUAUAUAUAUAUAUAAAAUAUGUAUACAUAUACACACACCAAGCUACGUACAUACAUAUGUACGUACAUAUAUUAUAAUCGCAUAUAACAUGUAUAUUACUAUCUUCGCCGUAGAGUGAUGGGAAAGAAGGAAAAAGAGAGAAGACGAAAAAAAAAAAAUCCACAAAAAAAAAGAAAAUAAGAGAAGAAAAGAAAAACAAAUCUAGAAACAAAAAUUCUAUUCAUUCUUUCACCCUCUUUGUCCUGUCGAACGUUACAAGGGAUUUUAUGACGAAUACAUCGUUUGCCUUAUCUCGCAAGCCGAUAAGUCUCUCGAAAAGAAACUAAAAGAAACCUUGGUAGUGCACCACGUCACGUUGUUAAGUUUUAGUUCCUUCUUAUGUACGUUCCUUCGUUCUUUCGUUAGUUCAAAAUAAAAAAAAAAAAAAUAAAUAAAAAAGUAAAAAAAAAAA